UAGCUGCACUUAAAGCUAGCGUACUACUGAGCACGCUAGUGCGCUCCCGGCUGUAGGAGCUCAGUGUAAGUGGGAUUGGUUGGAAAAUGACGGUGGCUUGAUUGUCGGAGUUUGUUUUUAAUGCGAGAGGGAAUGCUGGAAUUCCUUCUCAUUCUGCCGGUGAAAGUUCUUCUUUAUUUUCGCUCCGUGUACUAAUCUGACAAACGCGUUGCUGGUUUUAACCGACAUUUCCAGAACAUUCCUUCAGGAUGAUGUUAGCGCGCGAGCUACCUGGCUAGCUGUACUUAUAUUAGCUCGAUGCUAGGACCGAACUAACGGGCUCGAGCGCUGUAGGGCAGUUAGCCUGACUGGGGCAGUUAGCACGACUGGAUUAGCUCCUGGUAUAUGCCCUGGUGUAGUAGCUGGGGUCCUAGGCGACGUGUUAGGAAUUCGUUUGGCUUAUUUUCAGCAGGGCUAACCAGGCUAGCAGGCUGUCUCCGUGUACCCGGUGUUAGGUGUUUGGAGAGAUAACGUUUAUAACGUUAAGUUUGCUAGCAUUUUAGCUCCAAAUCACUGGCUGCUGAUUUUUUUUUAACAGGUUUUUUGAGUCUUCGUUGAUAAUGGAGUGUGUUACGCCUAAUUACGAUUAGGACAGCCUGCUCUGCAGUAUGUGGUUUACCGGAGCCAGCAUAUCCCUCUGUCCGUGUAGUUUAUGUAUCUCUUCAUCACACCGCCGUCUUUCAUCCUUCCGUUCUGGCUUGAUGGCAGUUUGUGGAUUUACACGUCGACGAUGAACGUCCAUGUGGCGCACGCUUCUUUAACCGGAUGCUUCUGAAUUACAGCUGAAAAGUACCUCUUCGACGAGAAGCAGCAUCAGGAUCGGACCUCGUUCGUACUUCAAUUAUAAGUCCCGCAGGUUUUAGUCAUGGCUUCAGUGUGGAAAAGACUGCAGCGUGUGGGAAAGCACGCAUCCAAAUUCCAGUUUGUGGCCUCUUAUCAGGAGCUCAUGGUGGAAUGUACAAAGAAAUGGCAACCAGACAAACUUGUGGUGGUGUGGACUCGCAGAAGUCGUCGGAAAUCCUCUAAGUCUCAUAGUUGGCAACCGGGAAUCAAAAACCCGUACAGAGGAGUGGUGGUGUGGCCUGUUCCUGAGAAUGUGGAGAUCACAGUUACUUUGUUUAAGGACCCUCAUGCAGAGGAGUUUGAAGAUAAAGACUGGACCUUCGUUAUAGAGAAUGAGUCUCCGUCAGGUCGAAGGAAAGCCCUGGCCACCAGCAGCAUCAACAUGAAGCAGUACGCGAGCCCCAUGCCCACGCAGACCGACGUCAAGCUCAAGUUCAAGCCUCUCUCCAAGAAGGUUGUGGCGGCCACGCUGCAGUUCUCACUCUCCUGCAUCUUUCUGCGAGAGGGCAAAGCCACAGAUGAAGACAUGCAGAGUCUGGCUAGUCUGAUGAGCAUGAAGCAGGCCGACAUCGGCAACCUGGACGACUUUGAGGAGGAGAACGAGGAGGAUGAGGAGAACCGGGUCAACCAGGAGGAGAAGGCUGCCAAAAUCACAGAGUUGAUCAAUAAGCUGAACUUUAUGGAGGAUGAUGAUCAGGACCAAACCUUCACCAGCUCCAACCCUUUCGAAGAGCGCGACGACCCCGAGGACCUCAACCCGUUCGGUGACCCUGAUGAGGAGGAAUCAGUCCCAGUACCCCCCCUGGAGUCCACGUUAAAAGACGACGACUCCACAAAUCCACUGAAUCCUUUCGACGAGCCGGAACCGGAGCCAGGUCCAGAGCAACCCGAGUACAAGAACCCGUUUGAUGAACCGGAGCCAGAGAUCUUACCCCCAAAAGGCAGCACCAGAAAGAUCCCACGUCCUGUGGACAUGAGCAAAUACCUGUACGCAGACAGCAGCAAGACGGAAGAGGGCGAGGAGCUGGACGAAUCAAACCCGUUCUACGAGCCCAACUCGGGCAUUCCGGAUCAAUCCAUCACAGAAAGCACGUUUGCAGGGAAGAACACCAAACGUCGUGCUCCUCUGCCUCCUCCUGCCCCUUCAGUAGUGACCCCCGCCUGCCCUGCACCGCCCUGUGACCCCAAACCAGCUGUGCCUGACAAGGUGCCCUUUACGUGCCCUGCAUUAGGGCUGAGAGAGCUGGCCUCUUCCUCACCAAAGGCCAGCCCGGUGCCCAGUCCCAUUCUGGGAGGGAGGCCGAACGCCAGUCAGUCGCUGCUGGUUUGGUGCCGCGAGGUGACCAAGAACUACCGUGGAGUCAAGAUCACCAACUUCACCACGUCCUGGAGGAACGGCCUCGCCUUCUGCGCCCUGCUCCACCACUUCAGACCAGAUCUCAUUGACUACAAGACCCUGAAUCCUCAAGACAUUAAAGAAAACAACAAAAAGGCCUACGACGGCUUUGCCAGCCUGGGCAUCUCUCGGCUGCUGGAGCCGGCCGACAUGGUUCUUCUGGCGAUCCCAGACAAGCUGACGGUGAUGACGUACCUGUACCAGAUCCGCGCUCACUUCAGCGGCCAGGAGCUGAGCGUGUUGCAGAUCGAGGCCCAGGCCGGCCGCAGCACCUACAAGGUGGGCGAUUUCCACACCGACACGGAGAGCUCCGUGGCUCACGAUACCUUCUACGCCGAGCUUCACAACCAGACACAAAAACCCCAGCCCGAUGAGGAAGGGGAGGAGCCAGAAGACACCGGGUUAUCAGAAACACCUCCCUGUCCGUCCUCAGCGGCGAUCAAAACGAACCUCGAUUCUUCCAGAGCCGACACGUCGCCAGAGGUGAAAGAGGACGUGAUCGAUGCAGGGAGAGAAAGGGAGAAGGAAAAAGAGAGGGUGCCUUCAGAGGGAGGAGCGCAACCCCAGGCCCCUGUUUCACACGCGCACACAGUCGGCUUCAGCUACAACCGAGACGCAGACGUGAACAAGAAGAGGAGUGUUAACCAGAACGAAGUAGAGAUCACGACAAAACAGAGCAGCUCGUUACAGACCAACCAUACGGACGUGCCCAACAAACACACCCAGGAUGCUGCGCCUCUUCCUGCGUCCACCAGCAACGAAAAGAAAGUGCAGUCUCGUCAGGAGGAGCUGAAGGAGAGAGCUCGCCUCCUGCUGGAGCAGGCUCGCAGAGAUGCCGCCCUGAAAGCCAGGAACAAAACCGUCCCAAGCACCACCUCGCCUACACACACACGCCCACCACAGGUCAUAGACGAGCGUGACGAGGAGAGGCGCAGGCAGCUGAGGGAGCGAGCGAGGCAGCUGAUAGCAGAGGCUCGAUCAGGAGUGAAGAUGGCAGAGUUUCCUCUGCACUCAGACACCUCCGCUGCUACAGGAGAGUUCAAAGGAAGGUCAAAGGCAGCUGGAGACAUGGUGAGUAGUGUGUAUGUUGAUGGUGAGGAAGAGAAGGCUGAAGAAGAGCAAGUAGCGCCAUCACCUGAUGAUGAUGAUGAUGAUGAUGAUGUCAUUGUUUGUGAUAAUGAAGAGGAGCCCGUGGCCUCUUGUCUGCUGGAGGAUGACUUUACUAACUCAGCUACUGACCUGGCUUCUCUGGGCGUGAUGAACAGCAGACACGUGGACCUGAAACUAAGGAAGCUGACAGAGGUUCGGCCUCAAGCCGGAAGCUCACCUUCAUCGUCCUCGUCUUCCUCAUCCCUUACAGCCUCCAGCACGUCUCCACUCAGCCCGGGAGAUGAGGCCCAUUUGGGGUUGCAGAAUAACAGCGAGGAGCUGAAGGCCGAGCGUCUGCGCAGGGCGACGGAGCGUCUCCGCAGCCCCGUCAUCUUCAGCAAGGAAUCGGCCGUGCGCAAGACGCAGCUCAAAUCUUUCAGCCAAUACGUGGAGGGCAGGCCAGAUGUAAAGAGGCAGAGGUCGGUGCCUGAGGACCUGAAGUGUGCAGGUGUGGACAGGAGCAGUUCCUUAGAAGUGGAAAACCGAAAGCCAGCAGAAGAAGAGAAGGCGUUCAGAGACACGAGCCAGUACGUGGUGGGCGAGCUGGUGGCUCUGGAGAGCGAGCAGAGGCAGAUCGACACGCGCGCCUCGUGUGUGGAGAAGCGCCUGCGCUAUCUCAUGGACACAGGGAAGAAUAAGGAGGAGGAGGAGGCCAUGAUGCAGGAGUGGUUCAUGCUGGUGAAUAAGAAGAACGCUCUGAUCCGUCGCCAGAACCAGCUCUCUCUGCUGGAGAGGGAGCAUGAUCUGGAGAGACGCUUCGAGCUGUUGAACCGGGAGUUAAGAGCAAUGCUGGCGAUUGAAGACUGGCAGAAGACUGAGGCCCAGAAACAUCGGGAGCAGCUGCUUCUAGACGAGCUGGUUAUCCUGGUCAACAAACGCGACGCCCUGGUCCGGGAUCUCGACGCACAGGAAAAAGAGGCAGAGGAGGAGGAUGAGCACCUGGAGCGGACUCUGGAACAGAACAAAGGAAAGAUGGCUAAGAAGGAAGAAAAGUGUGUUCUUCAGUGAUUCCAAACCAAGACUAAAACUUACUAAAGUGUUUACUACAAUUUUGAGAAAUGUAUUAAUAUUAAUGCUAUUGUAAUGAGCAUUACAUACUGUACUUAUGUUUAUUUUGGCUUUAGAAGAAACUUUGGUCAGCAUUCGCAGACCAGGGCUGGUGUGUGUUAAUUCACUAAUGCCUUUGGUUCUCUUUAUACAGAGAGAUUACAUUUCAUCAACACUAAUGGAUUGUUCUCUGUUUUGUUUUAGUGUGUGCUAAAAAGGUACUUUUAUGUGAUAAAAACACACUUUUCUGAACUGAAUAACCAUGUCAAAGAGCGAACUCAAUGAUGAUUCACUGACUUUCACUGUUUGUUAUUUCAGACAGAUGCGUAGCUUCAAUCUUAUGAAUGUUUGUUCAUUUCCCAGUGGAGGUUAGGACUGAACGUAUUGAGGUACAACACAACAUUGUUUUAUAGGGAAUGUUUUUUCCCCAUUUUAGCAUUUCAAAAAAAAACUGCAUUUUAUCUAAAAACUCUAAACAGUUUCAUCAUAUCUUCUUUUAAUUCAAGCAGCGUUAUUGCUUAAUGUAUAACUUUUAAUUCAACUACUUUUUAAAUGUAUAUAUGUUGUGUUUAAGGAGGGUGUUGCUUUUAAAAAAAAAAAAGAAUGAAAGAAAAAAAAACACAAUUGUGUUUUUGUUUUUACAAUUUUUUUUUGUUUUGUUUUACCAAAUAUUUUGGGAUGUUCCAUAGCAGGAAUAUUAGAGUACUUAUAAGUACUUGUAUUUAGACUGAAUUGUUAAGAUGUACAUUUCAUUUCACUGUUUGAGAGGGAAAAAAAGUGUGUGUGGAAUCCUGUUUCCAGAUCAGAAUUAAUUUAUUGUUGUUUGUCCUUUGAGAGAGACAACUAACCAUCUACACGACCUUGUGCAUUAACUCAAGGACUUUGUUAAUAUUUAUUGUAUACUUUAAAAAUGCUUUCAUACGCAUCUCUCUGGUUCACCUCGCGUGCUGCUGUCUAAUGGUGUGAACGUUGUUUAUUUAUUCCUAAAAUGACCAGUCAUCAAUAAAACCUGAAAUGCUUUCAUAC